AUGUUUUCCAUAAGACCUUUGUCAAAUGCAGGAAGGAGGUCGCUAUAUUCAUCAUUGAGGCAGAAAGCCUGGACCAAUAAUGCUAGAAGAUAUGUUCACUGGGAAAAGGUUCCAGAGUCAGAACAAGUUGGAUACGAUAAGCAUGGAUUGCCAGUUAGUAAAUCCGAGUCAGUGCUCAACAGAUACACGGGUACAUUUUUUGGAACAGUGUUUGUGAUUGUUGCGUACCAUUAUUUCAAUAAAAGCUAUAUGGAAUCUCAUCAUGGCGACUCGCUUCUUACAAUUAUUAAGAAGGGUAAUACCUUGGAGGAGUUAAAGGCUAAUUACGACUCUUAUAGACAGGGCGUUAUGGACAGAGAGAAGUUGCACACUAUGUUUGCUGACACUCCUGUUGUCGAUGCAAACAAUUAUGUUACACACAUUUCCGAGGUUCCAGGAAAGGUUCAAUGCUUUAACGGCAACGCACAGUUUAACACGAUUCAAAACUGGGAGGAAGUUGGCCCAAGAAAGCAGAGGGAAGAUCCAUUCCAUUAA